GAAGCGAGCAGUUCGGAUUUUUUGCAGCGCGCGACAGGUCAUUUUUCUUUUUGUAACAUAACUCUUGUUGUUGUUGUUGUUGUUCCGUACCAGUAUGAUAAUCAGCAGCAUCAGCUAUCUCGUUCAUUUGCACACAUUUCAAUUUGCCAGCCGCUUGUAGAGCAGUUUUGAUUUCGGGACAAGCAGACCGCACUUGAUCCAACAACCGUGUGCGAACGAGACAGAACGAUAGAGUGUGCGCCAGAAAGGGUGCGAGACAGAGAGAAAAGACAAAACGAAGGGAAUUCCGUGAGUGUCCUUACUGCUGUUGCUUCUGCGUUAAUUUUCUCGCCUGUGAGUCGUUCGGUGAUUGAGUUUUUUUGUGUAUUGCCCUAAAUCCGGGGCGUCAAGAAGCAAGCUAAAGGACGACGGCAGUUGGAUAGUUGAUUAGGGACAGAAGAAAAAUUGUUGGCAAUGUGCUUAUGCAAAUGGAAGCAAGUAAUUGUUGCUCGAGCGUGAAAAUCUAAAUUUUAUUACAAGUGGAAAAACAAGUGUGACAUGAUGCAAAAAUCAAAAAGAAGCAGCAGCGCUUAGACGUCGCGAAUUGGGGGAUGUGAUCGUCUGCCCGCGCCAGCCGUGUGCCUGCGUGAGUGUGUUUGUGUGCGACAAGGGGGGUUUUUCGUCGUUCCAAACGAAAGCCCAUUAUCAUCGGCGCACCAAACAGCAGCAGCAGCAACAGCAAGACGAAGCAAGCUGUAAUACAACACCGCGUGCAAAAAAGGCUGAGACGACGUUCCGUGUGUACGUGGAUUUUCUUUGCGUUGUUUUUAUUUCGUACAUUCAUUCGCUGCUCUUUCCUGGUGCUUCCAGCAAAGCCAACCAACCGACCGACCGAUCAGCCAACCGACCAACCAACCAACCAACAAACAUCAUCGUCAUAAUCAAUUCGACGGAUUCGCGGUCGGACGGUGUGUUUUGGUUCUGUCUUUUGCUGCCUGCUUCGUGCUGUGCUUGUAGUGAAUGCCACCACUUGUUUACGUUCGCUGAGAGUGCAAAAAAAAAGUAAAUAAACCAAAAAGAAGCAAGAAUGUGCCCGUUCGUAUAGUGAAGAAAAAGAAAAAAAAAUCAGUAAAUGGCAUAAUAGCAGCCAAACAGCAAAGAACCCACCUUGUCGGUCAGCCAGCAAGCAGCGGUCACUCGCAUGUACGCGCCGCACAGAUCCAACCAACCCACCAGCAGCGUAUGGAUAGUGCGUACGGAGUCAGAGGAAGGUCAGAAGGAAUUACAUACCUACUUCGCAGAGCCGAACCGGAAGACGAAACAUAUCGUUCGCUUUUUUUUUUUUUUCUUUCCACCCCUGUAUGAAAAACGAUUACUAGUGAAACAGUUUUGAGCGUGUUUAAUUCGAAAUUCUAAAUAUCUAUAGCAGUGCGAUGGCCCGCAGGAAGGGAGCUACCAAAACAAAAACAAAUGGCAGGAAAUCUGGGGCAGAUGCCAAACAGGCGGAUAAGAAGGAUGCGAAUGUGAAAGAUGAUCCGGGUGGAGAACUUCCGCCCGCUAUGGAAAUAACGAGCAGCUGUAAUGAAAGUAAAACGACGUCAGUGAGUCAACCGUACGGUAAACAACCGAGUGCGAACCCAGCGGAGAGCAAAGUCAGCGCGGAAAAUAGCAUUCUGCAUCAUUCGCAGCAGCACCCGCCGCCACCGCUGCCGCAGUCGCAGCCGCCACCAGCACAACCACAACAGCAAACCACAUUCAGUGUUUAUUCGUCCAACGCGACGAAUUCUUCUGAUUUAAAGUACCUGCAUAAAAAAUUCAAACGGAUUGCCAGUGCCACACCGAACAGCGAUAGUGGCAGUGAAUCGAAACUCAUUACAUCAGCGGCUGCCAAUAGUAGUAGCUUUAGUACAACUACGUCAGCUGGUGGUAGUACUAUAGCUACAGCAGCAAGUGCAUAUGGUUUCCCCGUCGUCGCCAGACUGCCAAACUCACAGUCCACGGUACUGAGCUACGAACCGCCAGUCCAGCGGCUGUUACAGCAACAGCAAAAUCAAACGACUGCAUGUGCCAACGAGGGUGAUUUAGUCCACUCAUACCGACUAACCACUGAACGUAUUCGUCCAGGACAACCAACAGUCGAUGAGUGCUACAGUCGCCCCCAAUUAACCUCUUUGAGUAGCGAACACAGUAACGGUGCUUCCUUGAAUCGCGCUAACAACAUUAGCGUCAGUAAUAGUUUUAUCAGCAACAACCAUAUUCCGAGAGAGAGUGAAGAUUUGAAAUCGUACUAUCCCAGUGUAAAUAAUAACAGUGCUAUCAACAUAAGCUGUGAUUUGAACGAGAAAAACCAAUGCACCCUGAACAGCAGCAGCAACAGUGUAACGUUAUCAACAGCGACAACCGUCGUUGACUCGAUUCAGGCCAUUGCGUACGAGAAUAGUUCGGUGGCAGUUGCUACGGGACUACCGAACAUUCCGUACGACACUGUCCAUCUGUCGUUGGCCUCGGCCAAUCUGAUCAAUACGGCCACACCGGGCCGGUAUGUGUGCCCGUUCUGUCAGAUGAACUGUAGCAAACCGUCGGUCCUGCAGAAGCACAUCCGACGCCACACCAACGAGCGCCCGUUCCGGUGCGAUCCGUGCGGUAUUGCAUUUAAAACCAAGAGCAACCUGUACAAACACUGCCGAUCUCGAGCUCACGCAUCCAAGAGCCAAGGCGAGGAUAUUGGAACGGUAAUCGACGAGGACGGCUCCCUCGGCGGGUCCGAUAUAGACGAUAAAGAACUAAGCAACAGUGGUUCGGAAAUCAUCACCCGAGGCUCUCCGAUGGAUGACAGGGUUCAUUCGCCGCAGCUGCUGGUGGAGAAACCAUACAAACCUAAGUUCCACAAUGCUGCCCUGUAUGCCAAAUUUGACGCCAAGCUGGUUAACAAAUUCCCCACCUCGAUUGCCAACAGUACUAGCAGCAGUGCAACAAACUUGAACGCCAGUCAUUCGGCUCCACCAACUCCGCACUAUUUCAACGGCCAAAAUGUGGAAUCACUUGAGCAGCACAUCUCAAAGCUGAUAUCAGACAAUGAGGCCAUUGUGGAAGUGGUGGAACCACCGCUUCAAAAAAAGUAUCACAAAAUCACCGGCAUAACCCGCGGAAUAUCAGUCAGCGGUAGUUCAAGUUCUUCCCACGGCGGAAACGAGCCAGGAUCGGGUAGUAGCAGCUCUAAGCUGGCUAGUGCCCUGCUACAGAAACGAAACAGCGAAGAACUGUUACAGCUUCCGACAGUACAAACGUAUGCGAAUGCUGUUCCCAGCGAACAAAAUGUGAUAACCGUUUCGAAUAAGCCAAUCGUAAGUACCAAAUCGGUGGCUCCUAUAGUUCAACCGGUUCCUUACGGGCCAAACCAUCACCCGGUACAGAUGGUUGUUCGAGUUCCUAAUGGAAACGAACAACUUCCACAACACCACCUUCAAGUGCAAUACCAGCAGCCAUUAAACCUGAGUAAACCGGUCCCGAGCGAACCAGUGGAAAUGGAGCAUCCUCGUAAACGAAGCAGCGGAGCACUGUACAGCCGGGAGCAGUCACCGUCGUCUUCCCUGCAAUAUCCCCCACAGCAAACUACCACUUCUCUUCCCCCAAAUCAACCGCAGAUUAGUCAAGCCCAACAACAGACACCAGUUGCGCCCCAAGCUCAAUCGCACGCACCACCUCAGCAGCAACAGCAAGUAACCGUUACAGAUCAUCCGCAGAAUCCAGAGCGUUCCAUCAUCAAAGAUCUACUGCUGAAUUCGCGUGGCUUCGGAGUGGUCCAGAAUCCAGAAAACGAGAAAAUUGAAAAUUUGUUCACCUGCAAAUCGUGCAACACUAGUUUUCGUGACGCAGAAAUCCUAAAAUAUCAUACGAUUUGCUACUGCCAAGGAAAUAGCAAUGUAAACAGCCCAUCAUCUAGUGCACCUAUUAGCCCCGUUGGAUCUCCGUCAUCCUAUUUCUCACGAUCAAAAUCCUACAACCCGACAAGUUUGAAGACGCUUGCCCGUGUCUCACUGAAUCCACCACCGCGAAAUCCAUCCACACUGUCCAAGUUGGCGAAAUCCCAACUGAGGUUACCACGAUCGCGACCUGAGCACAUAUCGCUACUACCGGAGCCAAGUGCUACGACCAGUUCUACAAACAUCCCGGCCCCUGACACUCAGAUACCGACUAUAGCGAAAAUUGUCGACGUGGUACAAAACCCACUGCCAUCACCAGGUCCUCUGCUAGGCAAUACGAGAUUAGUUGAUUUUCAGAGCAAUAAAGGCGAAGGUUUCGGCAGAUCCGGUCAAGAGUCGAAUGAUGACGCAGGACAUCCCACGCAUAAAAGGGCCAUGAUGAUGUCAAUGAGGGGCGUUCAACAUCCGAGCUUGCAGCUCUUUGGUGGUAAUGUGGAAGUUGUCGAUCGAAACGGGGAGCAGCCGCUUCAUCGAUAUACGUCCGGCGGAACGGUGACGCGAUUUUCACCCGACGUUGAUAGCGAGAUGCACGAUUACGGAUUGUCUGGACGAGUAAAUAGUAUGCAUUCAGGGGGAACUUUUAUGCAAUUGCCAGAAACUAACCGCAGUUCGUCGCCGGUCCUUAUGAAGAACCCGGCCACUCCAAAACUUAUUGUCACCAUCACACCAACACUGUCAUCUGCAAUGGCCACCCCAAACUUUUACGCAAAUCAACAGCAUUCAAUGGAAGGAAGUAAUUCUGUAGCUGGUCAGCCGAUUACACGAUUUCCGUUUCCAACCAUAAAUCCAAUAACGGCAUAUAAUCCACUGACACUGCCUCAAACCUCGCCAGGUCAGGCGACACAGAUCAUGCAUGCCGGAAAGCUGAUUCCGUUUGUCCAGGGAAUGCCUGGACCGAAUUCUGUAAUGAUGCAGAGCGAGCUACAGCCCGAUGGCAAUCCUCGCAUAGCAGCAAGCCCAAAUCCGAUCAUGCAAUCGAUUUCGAUCUCCACCGGUAAUCACCUAGGCCCCACGGUAAAAUUACAGUCACCAUGUCUGCUGGCGGUGGUUAAACCAACCAACACUACUGCCACCGAUCGACGCAGCGAAAUCGUAGAUUUUGGUCGUCUUAUUAAAACGUCUUUUCUACAAUCGCCACCCGUGAAAAACGGUAUUGCCAAAGAGAUUUGGUCCCCCGCCAAGCAGGAGUAUAAAAAGAGUUUUAAUUUUACUCGAAUGGCGGACAAUAUUAGUCCGAGGAAAAAAGAAUCCAUUGAUCCGCCGGUGGCUAAGAAAGAGGAAAUCAGACAUUUCAAUUUUGAAAGUUUAAUCGUAAAGUCAGAAAUACUAAUCAAAUCACCUGCGCCAACGGAAUGCAAACCGGAACCAAUGGAUGUUAAACCGAUCGACAGUGCUCCACAGCAACCACCAGCAGUCGCAGCAAAACCGAAAUUCGUAAGACCAAAUUCACUGCCGCUUAAACCAGGUACCUUCACUCCCAAGGGACAUCACGGGAUCACACCUACCCAUAACACGAUGCCGUUGAUAUCACCGGAUACACCACGACCCUCGAAAUCCUGCCGGGAGUUAUAUUUCAAUGGUCACGCCUACACAAACAUCGGACUGAAAUCGAGCACGAAGCCGUUCUACUGCACCGUCAACAAGACGCAACCUUUUUACGUUCAAACGCAGAAGCAACUCUCCAUGUACAGCAACUGGCAGGUUCAUCCGGAGAACAAACCACACCCCCUCGGUUUGAAAUCGGUUGCAGUCAUGUCGUUGUACGACAGCAGCCAGCAGCGUGAUCAUCGCUACUCGAUCGCCUCUCAAGUUCUUUCCUUGGCUGUGGUCAACUCAAGUUCCUUUAAUCUGGCGAUUAUGACCACAGCAGAAGUGAAAACCAGCUUCCCAGCGUAUUCGCUACCACCGAUGAGCUCCCCUGGUGGCAGUAGUAGUAACACUCACCAACUCACGAAGCAGGGCCUUUUGGCUGCUGGUCAGCAACAAGGAUACCUCCAGUUCGGUGGUUACCACGACAAGGGUGCUUCCAACGAUAGUAUGCCUGCGAGGAGUGAAUCUUCGGAACGAACACUAUCCGGUGGCUUUGAGAGCACCGAAGAGUAUACAUACGUUCGGGGUCGCGGUCGAGGCAAGUACGUGUGCAAAGAGUGUGGUAUCCGUUGCAAGAAACCAUCGAUGCUGAAGAAGCACAUUCGGACGCACACGGACGUGCGGCCGUACUCGUGUCAGCACUGUAGCUUCCAUUUUAAAACUAAGGGAAACCUGACGAAGCACAUGAAAUCUAAGAGUCACUUCAAAAAAUGCACCGAGCUGGGAUUGAAUCCGAUUCCGACUAGUGUGGAUGACGAUGGAAUUGACAUUGAUAUUGAGGGCGAUCAGCAGUCCAUCUCGAGUGAGCGGACGUCGACGAUCCCGGGGGAUUCGGACAGCGGAUCGGAAAGCGAUGGAGAGGACAGUGAUGAUAGUGAUGAAUCGAAGAGCCGCCUACCGGAGCACGAAGCCGCACACUGCCUGCUGUCGCUAUCGAUGACGCCACCAACCAGCUCCCAGAUGUCCAAAAGCUAUCCCAGUCCCGGACCGUACGCCAAUCACCACCAACUGUUGGACCGAGGACGACACCAAGCCUACGGUUCGAACUCCGCCAUUUCGCCGCCCGGUUUGAUGAUACAUGGCCAACAACAUUCACCAGCGGUGGCAUUAGUGGACCAGACGAGUCAACAGAACCGCCGCGUGAUCACCUUCGGAAACACGCCAAAGGUCGAGUUCAAUCUGCUCAAACACGAGCAGUACUAUUCGGACCCGAACAUCAGCAAAAAGAAGCAAGACUUUGGUGGGUCUUUUGACGACGAUGGAGCGAUGCCCAUAGAUUUGACUAAAAAGGUUAGGGAACCGGUACCGCUGGAGCAACCGAUUUAUCAGUACCCGCAUCAUUAUCCGCAACCGCUUCAGAAUCAUCAACAGCUGAGCAAAGGAUCCAAUGUGUUGCUACAUUCUCAUCAACCGGAAUCGAGUACCAGAUCGCAGGUCAUUGUCCGUGUAUCGGAUGUGGUUACUCCAAUCUCUGGCACGGCUAAUUUACUGACGACGCUAGUCUCCAACACCGAUAAAAUCCCUCUUACCCACAAUCUUAUUUCAAGCGGGAAGGAACUUGUCGAUCAUAAUGUAUACUUCCAGGAAUACAUCACACAGCGGGCCCUGCAGGAUAGUCGAAUGAAGCAGAGUCAGAUGAAAAGCGUCAAUAACAAUCAGUAUGAAGAGGAAGUGGCGGAUGUUCGAAGUACGGCCAUUAUGCCCGUGGAGAUACCAAGUUGCAUAACAGUUAUUGGCGGCGUCGGGCCAAACAAUGGACCCUCACCGUCCAAACCAGUAGUAAGUGAAAAGAUCUAUCGUAUUUUUAACGGAAAGAACGAACACAUCGCGCAGGUUGUGCCAGAACCUGCUAGCAGAACUGAAAUUUCGUCUGUUAACGAUGAGACAAUUCAACAAGAGAAAGAGACAUUGAUGGUGGAAGCUUCUGAAUCGAAUACCCCACGCAUAGAUACUACGGCGGAAAAUAUCGCUGGAAGUCUGAAAUUGGAUGCACUGAUCGAUCCGGUGCGAUCCAGAAGUAAUAGUGUUAAGUCUAAUGAUUCUGCAAAACCCGUUGCGAUAGCUACGGCUGCGGGGUCCAGCAAGGAAAGCGCCAAGAGUGUAGCUUCUGAGUACUUGAAACUAACGAAAUCGGUCACCCUGAGGAAACGGGAGGAUAGUGAAAGUGGUACGGCAUCUGACCAGGAACCGCUGGUAGAGAAUAAACUUAUCCCGGCACCGAUUAUAGCUCCUGUUGUGGUAGUUCCGACCACCACGAAUCCAGUACCGGGUGAACUUGGAGGAAUUGUUGCACGGACCGUCGUGGUGGGAGAGGAUGGUUUCAAAUCAACUCCAACCAACGAAUUUUCAUCGUUGAGCCACUUUCAAGAGGAUGGCGGUCGUCCGGUUUGCGAUGUGUGCAACAAAAGGUUCUUGAAAACAUCUCAACUGAAGAUCCACAUGAACAUUCACUACAUGGAACGGAAGUAUCGCUGCGAGCCCUGUGGCACCAGUUUUCGUUCGCAGGGAUUGUUCCUAAAGCACGAAAGAUCUGCAACCCAUAGAAAUAAGGUCUCGAUGACGACCACAUUCGGUAUUGCAACCGAUUCGAACCCUCGGCCGUUCUACUGCAAGGAUUGUGACGUUGGUUUCCGGAUACAUGGCCAUCUGGCAAAGCACUUGCGAUCGAAAAUGCACGUUCUAAAACUGGAAUGCCUCGGGAAGUUGCCGUUCGGAACAUAUACGGAGAUCGAACGAUCCGGUACGAAUCUGACCGAAAUUGACACCACCGAUUGUGAGAAUUCCUUAUCCAGUCUAAAGCGACUGGCUGUGCGGUUGAACGUGAAAGACCCUGCUAAUGUACUACCAGGGGGUGGAAUGGGAUCGUCUUCGGCGGAUGCUGGCCCAAGUGGCAACGAAACCGACAGCUGUGAUGAUAACAUGUACGAGAAUGACAACGACGAGUCCAACGUGGAAGACAGUUCCAGCUCAAAUGGGCCCAAUAAUAGGGGAGAUGAAGAGGACGACAACGAUGGAGUACCUUCGGGUAGUGAAUGCAAUGGGCUUCCGCCUCAGGGUCAGCUCAACAACAAUGUUUUGAGUAUGAAACGAAAACCUGAUGAGAGCAGUACAAGCAACGAAGCACCUGGUGAAACCAAACGACCGAGACUUCAAGCAGUUGUGGUCGCUGAAACGAAUCAGGGACCACCGUUGCCUCCGCCGCCGGUUGGUGACGCGUAGCAAUUCGCGCUGUCGGGACGUUAGUUUGUGGAUCGGAAGAUGUGCCAAUUUUAAUGGUUAAUAGUGCCAACAGUUGUGUAUGUACGUGCACACACAACCAAAAAAAAAAAUCGUUUAAUUUUAUCAUCUUUAACUGUUUAAUUCUAGAGUAACUCGUUGCUGAUAGUAGUAUUUAACUUUUGCUUAUAGGAUUUAAUUUCCCGCAGGAAGAAGCACCGAUUAUAAGCGCAUUAGUGAUAUUUUCUUUCAAAUUACACAUAGCUUUAAUUACGAAGUUUAGUUCUAUGGAAAAUGUGGCAAUUGCAUCAGAAACUGUUUAGUGUGUACGUUAAAAACCGCGCAUAUGUGAUCAUUUAUUUGUUAAAGUAAAAAUACUCUCGAUAAACAGCUGCAUUAUCGCUAGCAGGAAGAAUAGGGGGAGGGAAUCAAAUUCGCACCACAGUCCUUCGAGAUCCUAAGCAACCGACCAGCACAUAUGGCUGACAGAGGAUAGCGCCAACAACUACUGCAUUGUCAUUUCUCGCUUAGUGUUCAGUUGAUCUAUUUUAGCGAAUUAUUUCUACAAUACGAAUCAAACAACAUAAACUGAAAGGUUGAUCCUAGAAACGAUGUAAAACUAUUGUGAGCGGAACAAUUACAACCACCUGCGGAUGUAUUUUAUAUAUUGUAUAUUAGUGUAAAAGAAAUGAUUGCAAAAAAGAGUAUAUAAAUAUUAUAACAAUUUUUCUAUUAGUUUUACACUACUAGAUUUGUAACUGAUUAUUGAUGAAAGGUCGAUAUCCCCCUCCCAGUAAACGAAAAUGAAGGUUAAAAUAUAUAUAUUUAUACACCCCUUGCAAACAUAAUAAAAUAACGUCGUGAAUAUCCAUAUAUUUGUACCAUUUUUCCGGAAAUGCAAACUAUUCGCAGCCAUUUUUUAUAAAGUGUAAUAUGUGUAGUAUUUCUGUUCCUCUUUCUCUUAAGAGAGGAACAUCAAUGAGAAUGUAUUCGUACUAGAUAGUUGACAGACAUAAUGUGUACAUUGCAUAUCAUUUUAACGUGGAUCAGAACAGAGGAAACUAGGCAUAUUAUUUUUUUAAACGAAUCCUAACAAUUCGAGAUCAUGUCCUAAAUUCUCACUUUUAUGGUGUUUAUCACUUACAGAUCAAACUAUGUUCAAGAAAACAUGGUACUGAAAAUCUUGAAAUAAUUUUCUAUGCGACGUACGGUUUUGAAAUUCGGCUCAAAUGUUUGAUGUUUCUUUCGAAACAGGUUUUAGUUUCGUUUCGUUCGCAUAGAGCUCAGCAUGGUAAGGUGACAUUUUUGGAAAACAGAACAUACAAAUAAUAUAUAUUAUAUUUUUGUAAUUGAUUAGUUACAUAGAAACAAACAUUGUAAGAGUCAUCGUGAAGUAAAUUAGCAUAAGUGAAAUAAACAAUGAAAAUG